CGUAUACGCCCCGGAUACAUAUCCGUGGCGUAUCCACGUAUCCCCGAUUAAAUGGGCCGAAAACUUCGGAUCGGAAACGUUUCCGCGCCUGGAUUCGGCCCAGCCGGCCCAACAUCACAGCACAUCCCACCUCCUGCCCUAGUCCCGUGACCCGUCGGGCGUCGGCUCUCCCACGCGCAGCCGCCUCACGCAGCGCAUCGCCGCAUUCUCCCGCUCGACCUGACGGCUGACGCAGCGCCUCCGCCUCUCGUCGGCCGCCGUCCGCUGGCCGCCGUCCGUGAGGCCGUCUCCUGCCAGCCGCCGUCCGCCUCCCGCGGCCACGGGCCGCGAGGCCGCCUCCCGCCGGCCGCAGGCUGCCUCCCGUCGGCCUCCGUUCGCCCGUGAUUACUCCCGUCGGCCUCCGGCGUAAGGAGCCCCAGCCCCUGUUCAGAUCUGAGGUGGAUGGCCACAGCUGGCAUUGUCCUGCAUAGUGAAAACAUGACCGGAGGUCAUUUCAUAGCAAACGUGAUAGCUGAAAAGUCGACUAUGAAAGGUGGAGCUUUGUGUUGGUUUAAUGCGAUAGACAAGCAAGUAACAAGAACCCGGAUCCGUGAUUUUCAAGGCGAGCCUCACCUGCUUUUUUACCGAAAGGUAACGCCAGACAACCUACGUAAAGAGGAUAUGAAGGUGAUUGAACAGGCAAACAAUAAUAAGCAGGGACAGGCAGCACAAAAGGAGAUGCCAUGCCAGGAAGCUGUGCUCAAUCAUACGGACAACCUGGUUAAAGAGAUAUGAAGGUGAUUGAAGAGGCAAACAAUAAUAAGCAGGGACAGGCAGCACAAAAGGAGAUGCCCUGCAAGGAAGCUAUACUCGAUCAUAUUGUAAUCGACCCUGAGCUGAAGGUGAAGACCCCGCAGCCUCUAGCCUUGGAGACGGUUGAGGGAUCUCACCGCAUGAGUACAAAUGGUAAUGUCAUAAGGGGCUUGCCAAAUCUUACUAACUCAUGCUUUUUUAAUGUGAUGCUCCAAAGCCUGCUUGGUCUUGAUACACUGCGCUGCAAGCUGCUAGCACAUGAUGUUUGGAGAGGGUCCCUUUCUGAGCCUUUGCAGCAGCUGUUUAUUGAGACAGGUGCUUUGAACUCUGCACAAGGUUUACUUGACCCAAGUGACCUUUUCAAACAUACCUGCAUGGUCUGUCCUCGAUUUGGGAGUGGACAACACGAAGAUAGCCAUGAGUUACUUCGCCAGUUUCUUGAAUGUUUACAUGUGGAGGAAGCUAAAACUCGGAAUCUACCAAUAGAUAUCGUUGAUGAUGUAUCAACCAUUAUCACCGCUAUCUUUAGUGGCAGUUUGGUUACUACUGUGUCUGCUAUAGGCUGCGCACACGGUUCCACUAAACAUGAUUCCUUCUUAGAUAUAUCAUUAGCAAUUCCUUCACGAGGUUGUGUAUCAAUUGAAGACUGUUGGACUUUAUUAACUGAGCAAUCGGCAAUGGAUGAAGAAUGGCCGUGCCCAGAUUGUACCUGUGAACAGAAAGAGCCUGUUAAAAGAAAUGAGAAGGGUGAACUGAUUUCUGUUAAGAGAAAUGCGGUGCAAAGAAUGCUCAUAGCCAGGUCUCCACAAGUUUUAGUGGUCACUUUGAAAAGAUUCACGUACUGCUCUUCUCGCAGUGAGAAGUUGAAAGUGGAUGUCCGCUUUAAGGAGAUGUUUGACAUGCAACCAUUUAUGGAAAACAGAUCUAUUGUGGCCAACACCCUGUACCAAUUAGUUGGAGUUGUGCAGCACCAAGGAACACCCGCACAAGGUCAUUAUGUAGCAUAUGUUAGAGCUAACAAGAUGGGAAGUCAGAUGAAUAAUAAUGAUGACUCAAAGUCUUGGUAUUAUGUUAGCGACGAGAACGUUUUAGAAGCCUCUUUGGAUCAAGUUCUUAGCUGCGAGCCUUACAUACUUUUCUAUGAAAAGUCUCAGCUUACUGAUAUCAAUUUGGAGCCCCACUCUUCUGCCAAUCCCACUGUUGAGGAGACUCAGCUCCGAACGGGGGCUCCUGUUAGUGAUUUGUCGUCUCCACCACUUGAUGAAUUGCGCCCUUGGGAAUACCAGAGGUCCUGGAACCCACAUAGACAGGCACGGAAUGAAACUUAUAAGGAUAAUGAUCUAUUGGGACAAAAAGUCGGUGUGUUCCUAAACAGUUUUAUUCUCCCCAGCGACACAAGUCUAUAUUACUACUGGGAGCUGAUUAUGAUGUGUGAGGGGUUCUGGAUCGCGAGAGCUUAAUAUUCAUUACUCUCAUCUUCUCACAUUUUCGAAAGGGCUGGAAAUGAUGUGUGCAAUGGAUAUGAAAGGAAAUUGGACUUAAUUGGAACAUAAUUGGAUGAGGCUCAGGACAAGCGAUGAUCUAGAGAAAGAUGAAGGCCAGAGACCCCAAAAAGGGCCUAGGUCGAUCGGCCUAUGGAGCCCAAGCCAAUCAGCCUAGGGUCCCCUAGGCCCCGUUCAUGCUCAUCUUCGGCGGGGACUCCUCCAAGAAUACUUAGGGGCUAAGUUUCACAAGGUAUGGUAAGUUCACUUCAGGAUCAAAGAUGGAACCAAGCAGAACUUUGGACAGAUAUCAAGAUCAUCCCACGGUUAUCGAUGUGCCAAUCCUGCAUGCAAGUAAAAAUUAAGUUUCCUAAACACCAGAGAAGACUUGGCGACAAAGCUGGACGCGAGGGCGUAAAACGAAGGGCCUGGCUGAUCAGCCUGCCAAUCGACCUGGACCCCCUUAGGCCAAUCGGCCUACCCUUUUCCUUCACCCCAUUGCCUUUCAAUUUAAACCACGGGUCCUCCAGACUAUAAAUACCCCGAUAUUUCAUUGAGCACCUAGAUUAGAUUGAAGAUUCGAAGCAGAAGGAGCCGAGGAACUUGAGGGACAACCAUCGAUGGAGAGCUGAGGGCUGUGCAGUUGUCCGGAGGCUAGCUUAGGCUAGGCCCUUGCCGGCAUGAUCACCCUGCGAGGAAGAUCCACGUCGGAGUUCUGGAGCUAGGAUUCAGAAGUCGCGGGCAAAUCAAGCGAGCAGCUGCAGAAGGAACAUCAACAGCAAAGGACGAAGAACCACCACACAUACUCCAUCAAAUAAUUCAGCCGAACCUCUAUAAUAAGUAGCAAUGGGAGAACAGCCCGAACGCAAGCUUGGUGAGCUUUGGACACUGAACAUCAACGAGCUGCUGAUCUUGAACAUAGUUAAAGUUGAAGGCCCGUUUGAGAUCAACACUUCAAUCAUUGAAAUAGUUAGAUGGUGUCGACGACAAUCAGCUACGUGCAAGACUUUUCCCGUACUCGCUGUUGGACAAGGCACUUCGAUGAUUUUACACUUUGCAAGUAUCAAUGGUCGAGCAUUGAGAGAGCCUGGUGCAAGAAUUUUUCGAUAAACGAGGUAUGCCGCUGUGUCAAUUAUUAUUUUUAGAACUAAUGUCUCCUGGAGAUUAGUUUGUUCAAGCAAAAGGUGUUGGAAGCGACCAUGUCAAGAAAAGAGGGAAGAUUGGAGAACCUCUCUGCACGAAAGGAGAUGAUCAAGAUUGGAGGCAACAAGAUUAGAAGCAACAAUGACACUAUCAAUCUUCUGUAGUGGGGUGCUCAAGAACUUCUAAUUGAGUAAUGCAACCAAGGAAGAAAACUGCUCAGAUUGUCAGAACAAAGCGCAGGAGCCUCCUCUAAUCCCGGCACCUUGGCUUAAGCAAGAAUUAUGGAGAAGAUGCAUCAUUGUCACCACACUAAUCACUGGUGUAGCAAUAGUGAUGACCUUGAAGCCAAAGGGUGCGCGACAUAAUGCCCCAAAAGACCACAAGAUUAAGAUCAUCAACAUCUCCGAACCAAUUUGCAAGAAGGGGAAAAUCCAUGAAGAAUAGGCAGAAGCAAAGCAAUGAGAACAAGAUGGGGGAGAUGAAGAUGACAACAAUGAAGAAGAGCUUGGGCAAUGCUUUCAUCAAGUGUACAUGAUCAAAUUCAGAAGCUUAAAAUAUAAACAAAACCUCUGGAGCAUUGGCAAAUGAACACACAAGCAUACGGUAUUCAACGCAUGAAGAUGUUGGAAGCAAAUCACGAUGGAUUACAAAAUAUAACAUCAAGAUGCAUGGAUGCUUUUGAUUCUCGUACUACUCAUCAGGGAAGAUGCAAAUUUUUUGCAAUCGGAUAUCAAGCUUUGCCCAAUACAUUACAGAGACAACUUUUGAGUCAUUCGAGCGCUUCAAUGACUACCCUAUCCACAUCAUAAAUAUUUAAGAGGGGACCUAGUUGUGAAGUUCUACGAUGGGUUGACAGCAGCUUCACAUGCAAUCCAUUGGAGGUUCCAUUAUUGACCUUACUCCCACUCAGGAUAAUGCUUUGUUGAAGAAGGAUGGUAAUAAUGAUGCCUGAGCAUCAGCGGGAAACAGCAAAAGGAGUGCUAGAAGUGGAGCAUGUUGGAUCAUCAACAUCUCAAGUUGAAUAUUGUUGUUGUGAUCAAUUUUGUACCCAUGAUUAGAGAUGUACAAUAGAAAAAAAAUUGGAUAUUCAUAAUAUCCAUAAAGUCUUCUUUCCAACGCAUCAAAAAUUGUCAAGUUCGGAGAUCCAUAGAAGGCGUUACGAUAAAAUCUUUCAACGCUGCAUGUUCUGAAAUCAGCUCAAGACAGAACGCGGUGUCGGAAUAAAAGGGGCGUAACUCACUUGUCCAGAGCUCGUUUUGGGUUAAAGACCACUUGUUGGAAAGGAAAUUUGAUGCACUGUGCAAUGGAGAAAAAAUUUUGUACAUAUUAUGUUCUGGACAUAGAGAAAUUCAAUGAAGAAGAGGCAGCAGUGAAGAGCGGUGAAGAAGAAUGAAAACAUGGAGGCCAAGAUUGACCUGUUGAUGAGAGGAAUGAAGAAGCUAGAGAUAAGAAGCCGAUUGCACAGCUCAGAGGAGAAUGCAAGACUAUAGAAAAAAACUAGAAAAGAGAAAAUAAAAGAAAGAGGAAGAAGACUGCAGCAUCACCACGAGAUGCUGGGAAGAGCAGAAACCUGAAGGCCCAGCUAUAGACAAUAAAUAAAGAGCUUUGCGGGAGGCAACCUGAAUGUCAAGUUAGGUAAUAAGAU